GGAAGGAAAAUACGUACCGUACACAACAUGACUUGUAGGAUUCUUAAAGGAUGUUGAGCUGACAAAUUUUCUACCUAGCCCACCCCAACUGGCCCCUCACUAUGCUGCCAUUGCUUAUAACUCCACUCAUGGGCUGUCAGCACUGCUUGUUGAGAAGAGGAACCCUGCACCGAUGGAUGCAGGGUAAUUUAGUAUGCUGGAGGGCAUUUGGGACCGCUGGAGUCAAACAAGCCUCUGCUAGCCAAGGUCGUAAAGUUACCCCUGUAUUCUCCACUGCAUUGGGAUUCAGCAACAGGACUGCCAUAGUGGACAACAGUGGUAGCCACACUUACAGAGACCUCUAUGCCAGCAGUCAGGGUUUGGCACACCGCAUUGCUCAAACCUUGGGCUGUGGAUCUGGAGACGUGGGUGGGCAGCGGAUAUCGUUUCUCUGUGCCAAUGAUGCAUCUUAUACAGUGUCACAGUGGGCAUCCUGGAUGUGUGGGGGCACGGCCGUACCCCUGUACCGCAAGCACCCACCCUCGGAGCUGGAGUAUAUCAUCACCAACUCCCAGAGUUCCCUGCUGGUAGCAGGGUAUCCAUACGUCGACACACUUGAGCCACUGGCUGAUAAACUGGGUCUCCCGUGCCUCAGAUUGCCGGUUACCUCCAGUUUGACCACUCAGGAGAUUGUGGCAGACACAGACGGACUCCCAGUCCUGCCUGAGAAUGACUGGGCACAGAGACCAGCCAUGAUCAUCUACACCAGUGGGACCACAGGAAGGCCCAAAGGAGUCCUGCACACGCACAGCAACAUACAGGCCAUGGUCCAGGGCCUGGUCACAGAAUGGGGGUGGUCAAAAGAUGACGUCAUCCUCCACACCCUUCCGCUCCACCACGUCCAUGGCAUCGUCAACAAGCUGCUGUGUCCACUCUCGGUGGGGGCUACCUGCGUCAUGCUACCCGACUUCGACCCUCAAAAGGUGUGGGACCACCUGCUGAGCUCCAAGAGUCCGCGGGUGAACGUCUUCAUGGCCGUCCCCACCAUCUACUCCAAGCUCAUCCAGCACUACGAGCAGCACUUCACCCAGCCCCGCGUCAGGGACUUUGUCAAGGCUGUCUGCAAGGAGAGGAUCAGGCUGAUGGUGUCCGGCUCGGCGGCUCUUCCCCAGCCCAUCCUGGAGCGCUGGGAGGAGAUCACGGGCCACGUGCUGCUGGAGCGCUACGGCAUGACGGAGAUCGGCAUGGCCCUCUCCAACCCCCUCAAGGGGACACGAACUCCAGGGGCAGUGGGAAACCCUCUUCCUGGUGUGGAGGUGCGCAUCGUCAUGACCAACGCCUCCAACACCACCAUAACUGAGGGCAACAGUAAGGAGACCUGGGUGCGUGAGGGUCUGGAGUGUAAAGAGGGGGAGCUGAUGGUGCGUGGGCCCGCGGUCUUCAGGGAGUACUGGAACAAGCCCCAGGAGACGGCCGAGGCCUUCACCGACGACGGCUGGUUCAAGACGGGUGACACAGCAGUGUUCCGCGACGGCGUGUACUGGAUCAUGGGCCGCACCUCGGUGGACAUCAUCAAGAGCGGCGGCUACAAGAUCAGCGCCCUGGAGGUGGAGAGACACCUGCUGGCACACCCGCUCAUCACAGAUGUGGCGGUUAUCGGGGUGAAGGACGCCACGUGGGGUCAGAAGGUGACAGCAGUGGUGCAGCUGCAGAAGGGCAGGACGCUGAGCCUGGCUGAACUCAAGGCCUGGGCCAGAGAGCACAUGGCGCCGUACAUCAUCCCAGCCGGCCUGGUGGUGGUGGAGGAGAUGCCCCGCAACCAGAUGGGCAAGGUCAACAAGAAGGACCUGCUCAAGCAGUUCUCCUCAGGCUGACCCACCCAGCCAGCCAGCCAGCCAGGGCCAGACCACCAGGCCUACCAUCACCACCACCCCUCUGCUCAAGCAGUUCUCCUCAGGCUGACCCACCCAGCCAGCCAGCCAGGGCCAGACCACCAGGCCUACCAUCACCACCACCCCUCUGCUCAAGCAGUUCUCCUCGGGCUGACCCAGCCAGCCAGCCAGCCAGGGCCAGACCACCAGGCCUACCAUCACCACCACCCCUCUGCUCAAGCAGUUCUCCUCAGGCUGACCCACCCAGCCAGCCAGCCAGCCAGGGCCAGACCACCAGGCCUACCAUCACCACCACCCCUCUGCUCAAGCAGUUCUCCUCAGGCUGACCCACCCAGCCAGCCAGCCAGGGCCAGACCACCAGGCCUACCAUCACCACCACCCCUCUGCUCAAGCAGUUCUCCUCAGGCUGACCCACCCAGCCAGCCAGCCAGGGCCAGACCACCAGGCCUACCAUCACCACCACCCCUCUGCUCAAGCAGUUCUCCUCAGGCUGACCCACCCAGCCACCCAGCCACCCAGCCAGGGCCAGACCACCAGGCCUACCAUCACCACCACCCCUCUGCUCAAGCAGUUCUCCUCAGGCUGACCCACCCAGCCAGCCAGCCAGCCAGGGCCAGACCACCAGGCCUACCAUCACCACCACCCCUCUGCUCAAGCAGUUCUCCUCAGGCUGACCCACCCAGCCACCCAGCCAGGGCCAGACCACCAGGCCUACCAUCACCACCACCCCUCUGCUCAAGCAGUUCUCCUCAGGCUGACCCACCCAGCCAGCCAGCCAGCCAGGGCCAGACCACCAGGCCUACCAUCACCACCACCCCUCUGCUCAAGCAGUUCUCCUCGGGCUGACCCACCCAGCCAGCCAGCCAGGGCCAGACCACCAGGCCUACCAUCACCACCACCCCUCUGCUCAAGCAGUUCUCCUCAGGCUGACCCACCCAGCCAGCCAGCCAGCCAGGGCCAGACCACCAGGCCUACCAUCACCACCACCCCUCUGCUCAAGCAGUUCUCCUCAGGCUGACCCACCCAGCCAGCCGGCCAGGGCCAGACCACCAGGCCUACCAUCACCACCACCCCUCUGCUCAAGCAGUUCUCCUCGGGCUGACCCACCCAGCCAGCCAGCCAGGGCCAGACCACCAGGCCUACCAUCACCACCACCCCUCUGCUCAAGCAGUUCUCCUCAGGCUGACCCACCCAGCCAGCCAGCCAGGGCCAGACCACCAGGCCUACCAUCACCACCACCCCUCUGCUCAAGCAGUUCUCCUCGGGCUGACCCACCCAGCCACCUAGCCUUACCACCACCGCUACCACCAACCCCAUCAUCUGCCUGCUCAAGCAGUUCUCCUCGGACUGACCCACUCAGCUACCCAGCCAGGACCAGACCACCACCACCACUACCACCACCCAUCUGCUCAAGCAGUUCUCCACCAGCCCUACCACCACUACCACCACCACCAUUAUCCCCCUACUCAAGCAGGUCUCCUCGGGGUGACUCACCCAGCCCUCUGCUAGGACCAGACCACAAGGCUUACUACUACCAACACCCUGCUCAAGCAGUUUUCUCCCCCAGCUGACCUACCCAGCCACCCAGCCAGGGCCACUCCACCACCACUAUAUCACCCCCGUCCCCCACAAGCCAGACAGGGACAGAAGGAGCAGAGAGAUGGAGGGAGAGAAAGAGAGAUGAGAAGAAAGAAGGGGGGAUGAGGAGAGGGAGAAGAGAAGAGAAGAGAAGAAAAGAAAAGAGACAUAACACAGCCACCAUGCCCCUAGCCAGCCAGACAGGAACAGAAGGGUCAGGGAGAGAAGAAGGGAAAAGAGAGACAGAGAGAGGAGGACACGAAGAGAGAGCAGGGGGGUGAGAGAGAAGAGGGGCAGAGGAAUGGAAGCCAGGGGAGAGAGAGAAAAGAGGAACAAAAGGGAAGAGAGAGAGAGAGAGAAAGAGAGCAAGAAGGGCAUCUCCCUGUCUGCUCCGAGGACAGCUCUGCCAGCUCUCAACACUGUCCAGGUCAUCUGGCGAAGGUUGACGUGCCACAGCCGGCCACUGCUCGCUGUCCAGGGGGUUGCCACAGGGGGAUGGUGGUCAUCAGGGCCGCUCGCUGAUAGCUUUGGCUAGGCCCUGGACAAAAGUCAUCUGAAAGGGCCCCAUCACCCAACACAUGCAAUGUAAUGAGGACCCGAUUCUGGGACCCCUUCUACCGACAACCAACACCCUUUGCCUUCCCCUCGUGGGUUCCCUGGUGGUGGUGUUGUUGUUGGUGGUGGUGGUGGUGGUGGUGUAGUAGUGUAGUGUUCUUGAGGGAGUGCACUGCCUUAGGUGUACCGGCUUUGGUCUGCUCAAAGACCCUGCGCCUUUGAUAAGACAUUCAAAUCACAGCCUACUGAACCACAGUCCUUGUUGCCCUCUCUGCCUCUUGACAUAAGUGUUUUUUUAUUCAAGCACUGUUUUGUUUUACGACAUACUGUAGGUGUUUGGGUUUUAAAGCACUGGAAAUAAAUGAAACAGCCACAGAUACAAUGAAAUGGAUGAUCGAGCCAGCCAUGGUUUAAAAAUUCAUUCAUAAUAAUGUGAAGGUGCUGAUGAAAGUAGUGUUAAUUGAUGCUGCAUAUUUUAUAUAAAGGUACUGUAUUUUCAGUAUGGAACAAAAAUGCAAUGCAUAUAUUAAUGGUUAACAGUGUACAAUCGUAAUGUGAUUUUGAUGAAAGAUUAAAUGGUGGUCAGAAUCUGUAAAAGAUGUAAAAGAAUAAAUGUAAAAAAAAUGUAAAAGAA